AUGGACGUGGUUCUGGCUGUUGCUGGUAAGGAGCCAGCAUCUAUCGUGUACACUGAGCGCUACUAUGUGGUCAGUGUUUCCGCCUUGCCUUCGUCGGUAUCAACCCUGUCAACUCCAUCGAUACCAGCUCCAGCUCUCGUUCGCCGAUUUAGAAGUUGUAGCCUGCAACGGUGGCCCGAAAAGCUUGCCAAGAUCGAUUUGGGCGCCGGAGUAAUCAUCGAAGUUCAGGAUCAAACCAUGAUGGCCCAAGUGUUCGCGGUCCACUGCAAGUUGCUGGGGCAAACGGAUCAGUAA